GAGAGAGAGAGAGAGACUGAGACUGUCACGGGCUCAGUGAGUAAACCUCCUCACAGACUCGGGGUGUUCCCUCACUGACAGGUCCUGGUCUUGGUGCCGCCCCCCACCCUGACCUGCUUCUCUCUGCUCCGUGGAACCUGGACCCGACUCAACCCUGAGCAGACACGAGCGAGGACGGUCCCCGGCUUCGGUCCAUGGCGACCUUCAUCUCCACGCUUCUCCUCCUCUUCACGGUUGCAGUCGGGAUGACACCAAGUGCCUCUCAGUCCAGUCUCCUGACAGAGCCCAUGUGUUAUGACUGGGGGGAGUCCAGUAAGGGUGCUGUCUCUGUCCUGGAGGGGGAGGCAGGGUGGCUCUCGUGUCCUCUUUUCUCUCAUCCCUCUGUCUACAAUUACACCUCCACUCAGAGCACCGGACACAACCUCUUCUGGUACCGCCUCCCCGAGGGCCAUGACCUGGAGCAGCCGAUCUCGUACAGCACACGGCUCAGUAAGGACAGAGAGAGACUGUGGCUGCUGCCGGCCACCAUCGAGGACAGCGGACAGUACAUCUGCAUGUUACGGAACAAGUCGUCGUGCAGUAAGAUUGCCAUGCGCCUGAAGGUGCUGCGACGUGACGAUGUGGUGCUCGACACAGACUGCUGGCCUCCAGUUGCUGCGCCACCCAGUCAAGCGGUCAUUCCAUUGCAGGAUGGUAAGAUCCUGGAGUGUCCAGACUUGCAGGAUGUUACCAAGAUGGCCGAUGACAACCUGACCGUCACCUGGUAUCAUGUGACAGCAAAUGGCAAGUGUCAUUCGUUCUGGAACAGAAACCGGCAGCAGAAAGGAUCCAGUCUACACAUUUACAUCAUGUCGGAGCAGUUCCAAGGUUAUUAUUUCUGCACCGUUACGUACCAGAGGAGAGGCCAAGAGCUCCACUUUACCAGGAGCAUCAACGUCACUGCAGUCUCUGCAUCCCCUCUGCCCAAAUUACCCAGCAUCAUCUACCCGGUCAGGAACAAGGUCAUCUCUGUCAAACAGGGCACCGAAGUGCGUCUGGUGUGCAGAGCUCAUUUCCCAUACCUGGAGUCGCCGUGGGACAUUUGGUGGACAGUUGAUGGGAACACACUGGACAAGCUUGCUGACCAACGUCGCUUCUCCAAAUCGAACAGACGGAUUAAUUAUGAUUACGGGGACCGGACAGAGGAGAGCGUGCUUGUGAUCCAGGACUUUCGCUCCGAUGACCUGAACAAAGAGUACAACUGUUCUGUGAAGAAUGACUGCGGCUUUGAUACCCGCAGAGUUCUGCUGGAGGAGGAAGUGUCGGUGCCGUCGGUGGAGCUGGGUUGUGGUCUUGGUGCGACGCUGGUCCUGAUGCUGCUCCUCUUUGUGGUUUAUCACGUCUUCUGGCUGGAAAUGCUACUGCUCUACCGCUCGUGGUUCGGCACCGAUGAGCGACUCACAGAUGAUAAGGAGUAUGACGUAUACAUCUCGUAUGCGAGGAACAGCGAGGAGGAGCAGUUUGUUCUGACGACGCUGCACACAGUUCUGGAGAAUGAGCUCGGAUACUCAGUGUGUAUCUUUGACAAAGACAGUCUGCCUGGAGGAACCAUCACAGAUGAGACUCUGAGUUUUGUGGCUCGUAGCCGGCGCCUGUUGGUGGUUAUUAGCCCGGGCUAUGCCACCCAGGGCUCCCAGGCCCUGCUGGAGCUGAUGGCCGGUAUCGACGGCAUGGCCCAUGGCGGGCACCUGCGGGUAAUCCUGGUCCAGUACAAGCCAGUGCGGUGGCAGGGUUGGGUUCGGGAGCUGCGCAGAGCCCGGGUGGCGCUGGCACUUGUCUGUUGGCAGGGCGACAAGUCCAGAGAGCUGACGUCCCGCUUCUGGAAGAGACUGAGGGUGGAGCUGCCCAUGAGGAGGGUCAGCAACAGCAUGGGGGAGGAGGAGAGGCAGAACAGCAAGGAGGUGGCUUUGAUGAGGCUGUACAGUCAGAACAGCACAAACUCGCAGACGGGCCUCAUUAGUAACACAUAGUUUGCCUUACUUGAAGCGCUUCCUUACUUCUAGCUCUUGUUUAUACCCAAAUGUUGAAAUCCACUUAUUGUAAGUCGCUUUGGAUAAAAGCGUCUGCUAAAUGGCAUGUAAUGUAACGUAACACCUCAACUGUGCUACGUAGCAUGACAGAGGGUGACGUCCUUCAGUCACAGCAGAUACAUGAGAAACAGACACCUCCUCACGGUGAUCAGUUGAAAAGUCACUUCCAAAGGAAAAGUCAAUGUGACCACAUUUCAAUUCUGAAAAUCAACUUCAGAUCAACAAAACCUUCAAUUCACACCUUUGAUCAUUUCACAGGCAGUAAAUAACAUUUGAACUUUAAAUCACACUUUGCAUAUAUAAGCUACAAAAUAAAGCAUUUGAUUGCAUAAAGAUUGUCCAAUACUAAUACUACUACCACUAAUAAUAAUAAUAAUAAUAAUAACAAUAAUAAUACAUCCACCUGCAUGUAACCUAUUAAAACUAAAAUGAAUAGUCCAUAUUUUACAGUUACUGGAUUUGAGUAAAACUGAAAGCAAAGAUUUUAAAUGAACUCUCACGUUAUUAUUUUAAGAGCAGGAGAUGGUGAAUUGUUGCCGAAAAUGAUGAGCUGCACUCUGGGAAGCCUUAGACUUCUCAGUAUCCUCUGUCUUCUUCAUACUCACAUUAAACCAUCAUCAGUGUAACUUAGCAGUCAAAGUUUACUUUGGUGUUCAAAUGAACUACUUUGUUCAUUAAUUAUUAACUCUCUUGCAGGGUAACAGCAUAAUAACUCUUAAUUGGUGAGUUUAAUGGCAGUAUUUCCAAACAGUUGCGCGAGAUUAAUUAGUGAAAACUGCUCUAACUUUUGUUACUAUUAUGAGUCAUCGUUAAAGUAUUAGCGAUGUGCUAACGAUAAGACUGUCUGUAAAUCUUUGAUAGGGUGGUUUUAUUGUAAAGUUGCACCAAGCACUUCGACAGAAAGACUAAAGUGUGCCACAGAGUGAUUGAUACUUAAGCACUAAUCCAUUUGAUACAAUUCUCUCAGUGUUAAUAUGUUUUUAUUUGUAUGUCAUAUCGCAGUAGAUUUCACGGAGCAGCUUCCAUGAUCAGUUCUUAACUCGUGUAUAUUGAACAUACUGAAGCUGUUUCACCUCUAAUCCAGAUCAGUUCUGGUUGUCUACGAGUGAGAAACUCAUGACCUUUAUAGUUUUUAUGUUACACAGAGUGGCCCAGUUUCAUGGCGUGAAUGUGGUUGUUGCACAUUAUGUUGAGGUCACCUGACCUGUUUCUGCCUUCCGUUGCGUGAGCUGUGUUGUUCUCUGGAUGAUGAGUGAUGGAGUGAGCUGAGCACAGCACUGUAUGUGGCAGAUGGUUGGUGUCUCAGCAGGCUACCAUCUCUGCUGAGUCAUGAUUUCUCCAGAUUCAUAUAAAUCCAUGGCUUCUUACAUUCUUGCCUUUGUUCACAAGGACAAGGGGACAAGGGGACGCUCUUUUGAGGAAGAGAAUGUACACAAUCUGGCAGGAAUGUGUUCAGAACGCCAUUUUGGCAUCAGCGUAGUUAUAAUUCUAUCUCCAGUUUUACCUCUUGGUGGCACUAGAGGGAAAAGUUAGGGGAAACACGACAAGGAGUCAUCUUCAUAAACAUCUGAAUCGAAUUUCAUAUCAAUGUUUGAAGCUUCUCAAGUCACUCACUUGUUCUGGUUGUUUCACCUCAUUUGUGAUUUGUUUUCCUAAUAAUGUACUGUAUGGAAAAUUAGGCGACACACUAACACAGGGAGAGAAUCUGAUACAAAUGACUCUAAACAAAGCACAGUUGUAACAUUUUACAGAGGAAACAGUUACUCACUGAGGACGAUUUAUACAGUGCAGUUUUAAAUAUCUAAAGGCCUUUAAGAUGAAUAAAAGUAUGAAUCUGGCCUAAAGUCAGAGAAAAACAGGUUUACAGAUAAUUGUUACUAACAUGUUGAAUUUAUUUUUGCACACUGAAUUUUUUAUUAGUAUUUUUUUUGCAAAGCUUCUGCUUUUAUAAUUCACUAUAAGAAUAUUAAAUCAGUUGAUUUAAUCACGUUUUCAUCCUGAACACUUUUUAUAAACCAUAUUUCAAUGAGAGGCUGCAUCCUGCACUUUGUCUUGCUCAGAUGUUUUUGAAAAAUGUACAAUAUUUUAUGUGUUUUUUUUUUUUUUUUUUACAAGAUGGAUAAAUGUCAUGGUAAUAAAUGUUACAUCCUCAGUCA